UCUCUGAACCUCCAGACACUUCCCGAGUGUCUUCUGGUACCUCUUCCACCUUCUGCAAGACACCACCCGUUGAGUGUCGCCGGCGACAUGUAUCAUUUCUUCGAGCUGAUGAUUUUAGGAGACGCAAGACACCUCCCAACUCUUUUUCGUACCCUUCCACCUUCUCCAGUUCAUGAUUCUCUGAGUCUCAAGACACCUCCCGAGUGUCUUCUGGUACCUCUUCCACCUUCUGCAGUGGAUGAUUUUGUGACACCAGAGACACCUCCCAUCGAGUGUCGCCAGGGACCUUUACCAUCUUCUAGAGUUGAUGAUUUUAGUAGACAGAAGACACCUCCCAACUCUUUUUCGUACCUCUUUCCACCUUCUCCAGGUGAUGAUUCUCUGAGCCUCAAGACACAUCCGGGUGUCUUCUGUGCAGAUUUUCUGACACCAGAGACACCACCCGUUGAGUGUCGCCGGCGACAUGUAUCAUUUCUUCGAGCUGAUGAUUUUAGGAGACGCAAGACACCUCCCAACUCUUUUUUCGUACCUCUUCCACCUUCUCCAGUUCAUGAUUCUCUGAGUCUCAAGACACCUCCCGAGUGUCUUCUGGUACCUCUUCCACCUUCUGCAGUGGAUGAUUUUGUGACACCAGAGGACACCUCCCAUCGAGUGUCGCCAGGGACCUUUACCAUCUUCUAGAGUUGAUGAUUUUAGUAGACAGAAGACACCUCCCAACUCUUUUUUCGUACCUCUUCCACC